CCGGACGUGGAAGCCGAGGCUCAGUUCACCUGCGGAAGGCACAGUGCUAGUUUGCAAAGUUGAGUGACGUCUUCGUCGAUUUUGUCGUCGCUUUCCGUCCUUUUACGUCGUGGGAAUGGCAGAUCAGGCUGCCGAAAGUGUAGCUGGGAUGUCUUUAGGAGAAAUUUACACAUCAGAGAAGCAUGGCUGUGACGAGUCGGGAACAGGAACCGAGGACAAACCAUUCAAAACUGCUUUACAGGCAAUGAGAAAGGCUGGCAAGGAACCGUUUCCCACAAUUUAUGUUGAUGCCAAAGAGGGAGAGAAGGGAAGCAGAGAGACUGUGGGUACUGAAGUUACCGACCUGACGUCAUGUCUCCAAGCUUUAGAUCAACAUUUGAGUGAAGUCAGUUAUAUCCUAGGGCACUCUCCCACGCAAGCAGACCAAGUGGCUCAUAGUCACGUUGGUCAAGCGAUAAGUUCCGUCAGUUCUUCCAUUGCCUCUUCUCAUCCACAUUUUACGAGAUGGUGCAGACAUAUAGAGAGUUUUGGAUCUGGUGUUAAAGAAUUUCCCAAAGUAGAUUUGAGUGUCUUAGACCAGUUCAGCCUUCCAAAUGACAGUUUAUCUAAGAAAUAUGAGGUUAUAGCAAAGAGCCAGCUCAAAAAGUUAACAAAACUUUGGAAAGAUGAAAACCGUAAAAUGGAAGCAAGAUUACAAAAAGAAAAGGAAGAUGCAGAGAACAGAGCAAAGCUUCUUGAAGAAGCAAGAAAGGUAACCAUAUCAGAGGAUCCAAGCUUGCCACCAGCAAAAUGUAUCAAGAUUUGCCAAGGCAAAGAAUUCCGCAACCAGCGAGUGAAAAUCUAUGGCUGGGUCCACAGAUUGCGAAGGCAGGGUAAAAACAUAAUGUUUUUAGUGCUCCGGGAUGGAACUGGAUACUUACAGACUGUGUUGAGUGACAAACUGUGUCAGACAUAUGAGGCAGUGAUUCUGAACACCGAAAGUACUGUUUUGCUCUAUGGCACCUUACAAGAGGUUCCAGAAGGGAAAGAGGCACCUGGUGGUCAUGAAAUGCAAGUAGAUUACUGGCAGUUGAUUGGAGAGUCACCAGCUGGAGGAGCUGAAGCCGAAAUUAACAAACUCUCCAACCCUGAUGUUCAGCUUGACAAAAGGCAUCUUAUGAUCCGUGGAGAAAACUGCUCUAAGGUUCUUAGAUUGCGAUCCAUCUUGAUGAAGGCCUUUGUGGACCACUACUUUGACAGAGGGUAUGAAUGGAUAUCUCCACCUACAAUGGUUCAGACUCAGUGUGAGGGUGGGUCUACUCUUUUCGAUUUUAGCUUCUUCGGAGAGAAGGCCUAUCUUACACAGUCAAGUCAACUCUACUUGGAAACAUGCCUUCCAAGCUUUGGAGACGUCUUCUGCAUUGAACAGUCUUAUAGAGCUGAACAGAGCCGAACCCGACGCCAUCUCGCAUCUUAUACGCACGUUGAAGCAGAAUGUCCGUUUAUAACAUUUGAUGAUCUUUUGGACAGAAUUGAAGAUUUAGUUUGUGAUGUUGUUGAAAGAGUGCUGAAACAUCCUCAGGGAGCCCAACUGAUGAAGGAUUUACACCCUGAGUUUGUUAAGCCAGAAAGGCCCUUUUUACGUAUGCCAUAUGCAGAUGCCAUUAAGUACUUGAAAGAACACAACAUUACCAAAGAUGAUGGCACUUUAUACGAAUAUGGAGAAGACAUCCCUGAAAUGCCAGAAAGAAAAAUGACUGAUCAGAUUGGUAGACCUAUAUUAUUAAACAGGUUCCCAUCGGGUAUAAAAGCAUUUUACAUGGCCAGAUGUCAGGAUGACAAGUCCCUCACUGAGUCAGUUGACUUGCUAAUGCCAGGUGUUGGUGAAAUUGUGGGUGGGUCCAUGAGGAUGUACGACUACGAUGAGUUGAUGACUGCAUACAAAGAAAAUGAGCUUGAUCCCAAGCCAUAUUACUGGUACACUGAUCAGCGUCUGUAUGGAACCUGCCCCCAUGGUGGUUAUGGUCUGGGUUUGGAGCGAUUCUUAUGUUGGUUGGCCAACCGUUAUCACAUCAGGGAAGCAACGCUGUACCCAAGAUUUGUUGGACGUUGUACACCUUAAAUUUACACUAUUAAUUUUAUACAACUGAAUAAGCAGGAAAAUUUGACCUAUGUUUGUAUUUCUUGACUUUUUCGAUAUGCCAUGUGCUCCAUGAGUUACAUUAAAAAAGCUUAACCUUA